CGGGGCGCGGGGCGGAGCUGCGGGAAGCGGCAGCCGCGGCGGCUCGUGGCUGCCGGGGCGCUGGGCUGGUAGCAACGGGUGUCCCGGGCUUGCCGCGGUUCUCCGCCCCGCCAUCGCUGGCCUUCUGCCUCUCGGCGCCCGGCGUGACCCGCGCCUCUCCUGCCGCCUCCGCGCAGCCCUGGCGGUGCAAGGCAUGAAGCUGAGCAAAGCCCAGUACGAUGAGAUAGCCCAGUUCCUGGGGCACGUGCAGCCCACCCGGCAGAGUCUGAGGAAGCUGAAGGAGAAGUUUCCUGGUCAAUCGCAGUCCACUCUGCUGAGCAUCUUCUCCCAGGAGUACCAGAAACAAAUCAAAAGAACACAUGCCAAGCAUCACACUGCUGAAGCUAUCGAAACUUACUACCAAAGGUACCUGAAUGGGGUGAUGAAAAAUGCAGCUGCCCCAGUAUUACUGGACCUGGCCAAUGAGGUGGACUUUGCCCCAUCAUUGAUGGCUCGUAUUGUGUUGGAAAGAUUUCUACAAGAAAAAGAACAAGCCAUCCCAGCGACCUGGCUGGCCUUCGGCAAUGAGAUUCAAUGCACAUGGCUCCGCAGUCAAAUCAUCAAAUUUCCCUCCUCCAAAACUCUUAUAAAUAGCAUGCUACGGGACCCUUCUCAGAUUCCAGAUGGAGUGCUAGCAAAUCAAGUCUAUCAGUGUACUGUGAAUGACUGUUGUUAUGGACCGCUGGUGGACUGCAUCAAACACGCUAUUGGGCAUGAGCACGAAGUCUUGCUGCGAGAAAUGCUUUUGGAAAAAAAUCUCUCUUUCAUAGCUGAAGAUCAGCUUCGUGCAAAGGGUUAUGACAAAACACCAGACUUUAUUUUAGAAGUGCCAGUAGCUGUGGAAGGACACAUAAUUCACUGGAUUGAAAGCAAAGCCUCAUUUGGUGAUGAAAGUAGCCACCAAGCCCACUUGCAGGACCAGUUUUGGAGCUACUGGAACAGGGUGCAACUGCUGUGUGUUUGGGUGGAAGAGAAGUUUUGCUUCUCAAGAUAUGUGAAUGCUCCAUAUGCAAUUUUUAACCUGACAGGAUAAACUGAUUUUCUCUUUUAAAAUCUGAAGUUAUAGGAGAUAUAACUUCAAAGUGAAUAGUGAAUCAGAGCUAUGUUUAUCCCUCUUAUAUGUCAGAGUUUAAGUGCAAUGUUUUAUGUAUACAGUCAUCAUGACAGUUAAAAAGGCUAUAAAGAAAAGCAAUUAUAUAAUUGCUUUAAAGAAUUAAGUAGCACAGAUAAAGGCUUUUAGAAACUACAGAGCAGCUUUAAUAAUUAUAUCACCUGAAGUAAAGCUGCAAAAUUACGUCCUAAUUAUUUGCAAUGAGUAAUUAUCUAUAAAGUUGUAAGCUUUAAAGAUUUUAUGAGAGAGUAGGGGAGUUCUUUGAUUUAUUAUUUUUCCCCACACACACUAAAACAAUACCCCAUCAUUUUCUAUUUUAGCAGUUUUCACAACUUAAACAUUAAAUUCUUACUGUUGCUUUCUGUUAUAUUAGUAGUGUGUGUUUUGCAAUUCUAAUCUUCACGUUUUUCUUUCUUUAUCACUGAAGCAGGCCUUUUGAAGCCAGGGAAUUUUUCAUAGCAAUAUUGACAGUGUUCGCAUUUGCAUGAUGACAGCCAAGGAAUGGAGCAGUAAUUUUUGAAAUUGCAGAAGUAUUUAGAACACUGAUAAAAGCUGAAAUAUAUUUUUGAUGGAUUGAAGUUAAGCAUACAUGAUUUUUCCUGCUGUCAAAAGGCUCUGAAUUUAGUGAAUAUUUGCCUGCUGUGAGAAUGCAAGAUUAACAUCACAACCAUCACCCGGGCACCCAAACCCUGCAAUUUAAUAGCUUUUUAGGUUCUUUCCUUUUUCUAAACAGCAAUUAAUCUCAUUUUAGUACAAUUUUCUCGUUUCUGAAGUCGCUCAUUGAAUCGCUGUUUUGUUCAUAUUUGGCUUCAGCUCCUCUGCAUAGUCAUUAAAGUCCCAAUUAAUGUCACCUUUAGCUGAAGAGUACUCAUUUUUAUUGAGAAAAUGACAGUUGCUGCCAUGAGUAGUGCAGUGUAAUAUACAUUAAUUGCCCUGUAACACUGGUAAUUACGAGUUUUUCAAGCCUCUCAGUAAACUGUCAUGCCUAGACAAGACUGUGCUAAAAUAGAUUACUCAUUAGGGAGACCUGUCCUGUUUUCUGGUGGGUUCUUAGUGUUGGUUUAAAAAAAAACUUGAGUUUGAACAAAUAGUUGCCAAAAGCAAUUUCCUACAACAACAUGUCUGUGUUCAGUUUUCCAGCCAUCGCUUCAGCCUGCGGUCAGCAAACAGACAGGGUGCUGUGGACUCUAGAGAUGUCAAGAUUUUUAUUUAGGUGGAUCACAAGGAUAAGCUUAGCAAUGUGUAAUUGAGUGCUUAAUAUAAAUGUUAUUAAAGCUGCCUUUUUCAGUGCUGUGUUUUUAACAGGUCUACCUGGCAUUUUAGAAGAGCAGUCAACAUCAUCAAUAUUUUAUGCUCCAAAAGACUUUAGCACAGUGCUUUAGAUUGUCCAAGCAGCUGGAAUUACUAAACCUGUUCUCAGAUAAUUCUGUGGAGGAGCAUUGGGGAUUAUGUUGUAUAUUAUGUGGAAUAAUUAUCAGGUCUUUCAGGAACUGUAUGGCAUUGCAAGAUGUAUAUUUUUAAAAACAUAGGGAAAAAAUAUGUGGAAAUAAUUUGGUUAAUAUUGUGACCACUUGGCAAAUGAGGCUUUGAUGCUUAUAUUAUUAGAAGACCCACCUGCUGAUUGACUUGGGAAAUGGUGGGAAGCAAGGAAUGUAUUUCACUGCUUUCUCUUUCUGUUGCUCUCCUAUGCUAUGCUUGUUUUUAAGGACAAAAUAGUCUCUUUUAAAGCUCAUUGCAGCAUUGAACUGACAAAAGAAAACCUUUGUUUUAUUUUUGUUAUAACACCUGCUUUAGGCAAUCUGCUCUUUUAUGCUCUCUCUAAAUGAAUUUUGUCACAGCCUUUCAUAUUCUUCUGUGGUGAUGAGCUAAUGAAAGUAGAUAGUACAAUUUGUGCUGACCAGGUAGCAACUGCCAGCUUGCAGCUGAGAAUAGUUCAGAUAAAUAAAUAAAUAAAAUAUAA